AUGUCCGCCGAAGGCGUCAAAGACAAGAAUGGAGAAACCAUCUACGAAGAUGACUUUGUCUUUACUAGAUACCGUGGAGGUUCCCAUCAAGGAAAGGUCGAGAAGAUUGUCAUGGAUGCGGCCGGAGCAAGGGAAGAGGGCGUAGCGAAUCCUCCCAAGGUGAUUUAUACGGACCAACAUGGACACCGGGUCGCGCACAAUCCGAGCACGUUGGAUAAAUCAGCGACUAGUGAUUAG